UUUCAUACUUACGUGAUGAUUCAAGAGGAUGGAACAGUUGGAUUUUAUACUCAGAACUCGAAAUCAAAUCAACAUGAAUCAUUUAGAGGUGGAUCUCGCAGCCUCAGUCGAGGAAUCUGGACUACGAUUCGUCAAGACGUAUGGUUAGAUAGCAGUGGAAUCGCGAUUAGAGGCUUUAACCUUUGGAUCAAUCAUAAUCUCGUAUCCGCCCAAACAGACCUUUCUCCUCGCCAUCUAUUUUCUAUGAAGAACGAUGAUUUGACGGAAGCUACGCACGUCACAGGCCAAAUCCAACGAGUAAGCUUGUCCGGUAUCGAAAACAAUUUCGACAAACAGCAGGUGCCAACUCAUAGUGACGAAAGAGAAAUCAAAGACGGAAACUUUAUACAAGUGUCCGGAGAUCAGUUACCAGCGAUCGAGAACAUCAGAAACCUACAGGAAAUCGCCCGAACCUCGCCUCUAAAUAACUCUGAAAUCUUGAGGGGUCAAGAAACUACUCAGCAAAAUUCAACCCAGCAGCCAAAUGGGAAAAAUCUCACCCGUUCUAUGACUGUUUCCCAAAACUUGACCGGUGUAAAUGAUCAGACGAAAAACAACACAAAUACUACAGUUGAACAUCGAUAUUUUGGAGCCUUUCCAGCCUUGGGGAUCCCUGAAUUAGCCGAAUUAGCCAAGGAAAACUCCAAGAAAAUCGUGCCGGUGGUCCCAGCCUUGAGCAUAGCGCAGCCGCUCACUGAAACUGAUGAUGAUGAUGAUAAUGAUGAUGAUCAGGUGGAGGACGACAAUGACCGGAGCAAUGAAGUGCCUGAGUCUUCAAGUUCGAACUCUAAAUCUAAGCUUAGCCCCUUCCUUGGUGCUCUGGGUUCCAUCUUACUUCAACAGGAAGACCCAGUCGAUGAUCAACCACUUCAGUUCUUUGGAUUCUUCGCCAGUGAUCUGUCUUCAGCUACCGAAAUUUCUCCGAAAUCAAAACCCGAUGACCAAAUCAAUUCUACCAUUUUUUUCAAAGACUUUCAAAUAAUUUGUAACCCAAACAUUCAUGCUUCAUGA